AUGCUAUGCCCUCGCAGUUCCUCCGACAGUCGCGAAGAGAAGUUGGAGAUGCUGCAGAAGUGGGUGAACAUGGAUGUGCCUGCCAUUGCCAUGGCUACGGCCAAGGAAGCCGCCUCGAGCGCUCAAGCGCGGCGCACGCGCGGGCAACUGGCCGAGCAGACGUGGGAAGAGAUGCAGAAGCAGGAGGCAGAAGAAGCGAAGAAGUGGGUGCGGCGUCCUUGCUCGGACCUCCUCUUCCGCACGCUUCAGCAGCCUCAACCCACGAAAGCAAAGAUUGCUCCGGCAAAGAACUGUCUGGCCGUCGUCGCGCAGAUCGCGAAGUAUGGUCAGGUAAAGGACACCGACGACAACAGCCUGUCAAUUCGCGAGCUCAAGAAGCGCUCGCGCGAGGACGCUGGACAGACCACCUCGAGCGUGGUAAGACCGCAGCCCAGAGUGAGCAAGUCCAACAUCUUGGCAGAGGUGGUCAAGUUCAGCAACUUGUCGACCGGAGACGCGCAGCCGUCGACAGCGGAGAUGAAGCGGAAAGUGCGCUUUUCCAAAGAAGAGCUUACUGCCCAAAGUCCCGAAACCUCCGGGCUGCCCAAGCUCAUGAGGACCGUACAGGUUGAAGAAUCUGUGAAGUUCGCCGGGGAAACUCUGACGGUGACGCGGCAGCUUCUGCCGGGCACGGCAGAGGAGCGGCAGUUCCUCCUGUCGCAAAAGAGGCGCCAGUCGGCAAAGCUGGGUGGGAAGUUUGCCGCCUUGGACAACCUGCUUGGGACCGGCAAGGACAAGGUGCUGAAUACUGUGGAGAAGUCCGACCUGGAUUGGCAGCGGCACCAACAAGAGGCUGGUCUCCAGGAUCUGAGCCGCGACCCACAGGCUGGCUACAUCGAGCGCUCGGAGUUUCUGCGGCGAGCGAACCUCCGUGCGUCGGAGGCCAUCCGCGAUGCCGCCCGAGCCGCGGCGCGGAAGGUCCAAAUGGCUCAGGCGGAAGUCGCCAGAGUGCAGAAGCACCGGGACCGCGUCCUGUCCGAAGGGCGGCAGGAAGUUGGCAUUUGGUCCUCCUUCGGCGUGCAGGAUGUCCGAAGAAGUUUCUGGAACGCUUGGCAAUCUGGCAAGGACUUCGCAGCACAAUGCACCUUUUACAACGUCCUCUUCGCCGUGGGCGCCCGGGACGAGUCACUCUACAUCAUGAUUUUCCGCCUUGUCAUGCAGUAUGUGGUCAAUUUGACUCUUGGCCUCAUCGGGGCUUUCUGCUACUUCCUCUACAACAUGUAUCUGCUGAUAGUAUCCUACGGCUCCUCCGUCCUCUCCGGUGUGGCGUUCUUCCUUCUGGCGACGGUCGCAGGCCUCUCCAUGCUGACCACAUACCUCGGUGGCAUGUAUGCCGUCGUCGCUGGAGGUGGUGCGAUGAUCAUCCAGCAGGCAGCCAGGCAUGCCGCGCUGGAGAUGAGCAAGCAGGACGCCUUGCAGCAGAUUGAUGACAAGCCCGUCAAGAAGCAAGUGGUGCAGAGGCGAUGCCCUGUUUAA